AUGUUGGAUCCUUAUGCCCGUGGCUACCAGAAGGACCGCAACGUUACGAAGCCCUACCGCGCAACUUUCGAAUGCCUCCAAAGCCACGAGAAUAUCAACCUGUUUUUUUCUAAGAAAAAGAAGUGUACCGAAAACCAGGAUCUCAGAUGGAUGCGCUUAGGUUUGUUGAUAAGCCAAUGGUCCAACACCAUGUGCUCUGUAGUCUACCUUGCUCACUAUCUAUUGGCUGCUAUGCCAAAUCAAACGACCGACAGGGGCCCCUAUUCAUUUUUGCAAUCCUACACGGUUACCUUGGCCGCAAGAGCAAUGAUCACACCAGUAACUGCUGUGUCAGGGUUGGUUAAGGUCGUGGUGUUGUUGGCUCGUACCCACGUGCUCGAGCCUCGCGUUCAAGGAAAUCUUCCAGAUACCGAACUCCCCGAUGUUACCGAUCCAGCAAUCAAAAACGCGUGGUUGCUACUAUCGGAACCACCCCGCAUAACGUCUUCCGUAACCCCUCAGCAGGCGCACAUUGAAUUGUUAUGCAGCAGCCACAAGCCUCCAGAUAAGCGACAAAUAUGGAGGGGAACUGGAUUAGCCAAAGAUCUCGCUCCCAGAUACACCUUCAUUUCCGAAAGCAGAAGCAACGAAGUUGGGCCUAAACUGAUCCGUGUUUCGUGCAACGUCUGA